GUACGGGUCAAAACAGCCAUUGUGGUUCUAUCUUCCUUCUCAUUCAAAUAAGAGAGCGAGAGGAGAGAAGUUAGUAAACUUUCGAGCAGAGAAUAUAAUAAUAAUAGCAGAAGCUAGCUCCGCCACGUCGCCGCCACUUUUCUUUACCGGAGAAACCUUCCUAAACAAAAUUAAAAAAAAAAAAAACAGUCUCUUUCUUUCUUUCUUUGUCUGAUUAUUAUUCCUUCUGUACACAUGUUGUGUAACAGUUGAGCAGUUGCAUGCCCAUCACUUUCUUUUUCAGUUCCCGGUCAUAAGCUUCUAACGAAACCAAAAGCACAGCUUAAAGAAGAUCUAUUUGUACCAGGCUGAAACGACACCUUCUCCUGUAGUUUUAGUUACAGCUCGAGAUCUGUGUUUCUUUCUUGACUUCUGAGCUUUUGGCGGUGGUGGGUUUUUUUUAUAUACACUAUUUUAAUGAGAGUUAUCAGCGGGAUUACUGGAUAAAUUACAAGUAAUGAAGGAGUUGAAGAUUCGGAGAAGCAGCUUUGAGGUCGGCGAGACUAAGAUUGCGAGCUUAUUUGGCUGAAAAUCAAAUCAAGACGUGGUUGAUGUGUGUUCUGUUCUGUCAGAAGAACUACUCUGUUUCUUUUUUUCCUGUUAGAUUUGAGAAAAGAUUUGGUAGGUGAAUGAGUGGGAGGUGGAGGGAAACAGUUAAAGAAAGUUAAUACUUUUUUUGGUGUUACUCCCAAGUCAUAAUUACAUUUUGGCAUCUUGGAUCUUUGAAGAAACAAACUUUGAAAUUUUUGUUUGCUUUUUUAAGUUACAUAUAAAAAAAAUAAGAAGAUGAGAUUGUCUUCAGCUGGGUUUAAUCCUCAUCCUCAUGAAGUUACAGGAGAGAAAAGAGUUCUUAAUUCUGAGCUCUGGCAUGCUUGUGCUGGUCCUCUUGUCUCACUACCUCCUCUUGGAAGCAGAGUUGUUUAUUUCCCUCAAGGUCACAGUGAACAGGUCGCUGCUUCAACCAAUAAAGAAGUGGAUGCCCAUACACCAAACUAUCCGAGCUUGCAACCACAGCUUAUCUGUCAGCUUCACAAUGUCACAAUGCAUGCAGAUGUUGAAACUGAUGAAGUAUAUGCACAGAUGACUUUACAGCCGUUGAAUGGGCAAGAGCAAAAAUAUCCUUACCUUGCGGCGGAGUUAGGUGUCCCGAGUAGACAACCUACAAACUAUUUCUGUAAAACUCUGACGGCUAGUGAUACCAGCACUCAUGGAGGUUUCUCUGUCCCUCGCCGAGCUGCUGAGAAAGUUUUCCCUCCCUUGGAUUACACACAGCAGCCUCCAGCUCAAGAGUUGAUGGCAAGAGAUCUGCAUGAUAAUGAAUGGAAGUUCAGACAUAUUUUCCGAGGCCAACCGAAAAGACACCUUCUUACUACUGGUUGGAGCGUAUUUGUGAGUGCUAAAAGGCUUGUCGCUGGUGACUCCGUUCUUUUCAUCUGGAACGAUAAGAAUCAGUUACUUCUUGGUAUAAGACGAGCACACCGGCCACAAACUGUCAUGCCUUCAUCUGUUUUAUCAAGUGACAGUAUGCAUUUAGGCCUUCUUGCUGCAGCAGCUCAUGCAGCCUCCACAAACAGUCGCUUCACCAUCUUCUAUAACCCAAGGGCGAGUCCAUCAGAGUUUGUAAUACCCUUGGCUAAGUACGUGAAAGCGGUUUAUCACACUCGUGUCUCUGUUGGCAUGAGGUUUAGGAUGCUGUUUGAAACUGAAGAAUCAAGUGUUCGUCGGUACAUGGGUACAAUAACUGGCAUUUGUGAUCUAGAUCCUGCUCGGUGGGCUAAUUCUCAUUGGCGGUCCGUUAAGGUCGGAUGGGACGAGUCCACUGCAGGAGAUAGGCAACCGAGGGUGUCCUUGUGGGAGAUUGAGCCUUUAACGACAUUCCCUAUGUAUCCUUCUCCUUUUCCUCUCAGGCUUAAACGUCCCUGGCCUUCAGUUCUCCCAUCUUUUCAUGGUCUUAAAGAAGAUGAUAUGGGUAUGGGUAUGGGUAUGAGUUCACCGCUUAUGUGGGAUCGAGGGCUUCAGCCUAUGAACUUUCAAGGUAUGGGAGUAAACCCGUGGAUGCAGCCGAGGCCGCUUGAUGCUUCAGGCUUGCUUGGUAUGCAGAAUGAUGCUUACCAAGCAAUGGCUGCAGCUGCACUUCAAGACAUGAGAGGCAUUGAUCCUGCUAAAGCUGCUGCUUCUCUUCUUCAGUUCCAAAAUCCUUCAGGUUUCUCAGUGCAACCUCCUUCCUUAGUGCAGCCGCAAAUGCUGCAGCAGCAACUCACUCAGCAGCAUCAGCAACAACUCUCUCAGCAGCAAGUGGUGGAUAAUCAUAAUCUGUCUGCUUCCAGUGCUGCUAUGUCUCAGUCAAACACGUCUCUACUCCAGUCAAUGACACCUCUUUGUCAUCAACAAAGCUUCUCAGACACCAACGGAGGAAACAAUCCCAUCACUCAACUCCACACUCUCCUCAGUAACUUCCCUCAAGACGAGUCUUCUCAACUGCUCAACCUCACUAGAACAAACUCUGCAAUGACUUCUUCAGGUUGGCCAUCAAAGCGCCCUGCAAUUGAUUCAUCCUUCCAGCACUCUACAGCUGUUAACAACAACCAAUCAGUAAUGGAGCAGUUAGGACAGUCCCACACAAGUAACGUUUCUCCAAAUGCUGUCUCGUUGCCUCCAUUCCCCAGUGGUCAAGAAGAGAACCCCUCAGACCCUCACAGCCAUCUUCUUUUUGGAGUCAACAUAGAUUCAUCUUCCCUUCUGAUCCCAAACGGAAUGUCAAACCUUAGAAGCAUUGGCAUUGAAGGCGGCGACUCCACCACUCUACCCUUCACAUCAUCAACUUUCAACAACGAGUUCUCUGGUACAAUGACGACACCUUCUAGUUGUAUAGAGGAACCAGGUUUUCUACAGCCCUCAGAGAACCAACAGUCUAAUACCUUUGUGAAGGUGCACAAGUCAGGUUCUUUUGGACGAUCGUUGGAUAUAACGAAGUUCAGCAGCUACAACGAGCUGCGAAGCGAGCUUGCUCGCAUGUUUGGCCUCGAAGGCCAAUUAGAAGAUCCUGUGAGAUCAGGCUGGCAGCUUGUAUUUGUUGACCGAGAGAACGAUGUUCUUCUCCUCGGCGAUGACCCUUGGCCGGAGUUUGUGAGCAGCGUGUGGUGCAUUAAGAUACUCUCACCACAAGAAGUGCAGCAAAUGGGUAAAAGAGGCCUUGAGCUUCUCAACUCUGCUCCAUCUUCCAAUAAUGUGGAUAAGGUCCCGAGCAAUGGGAACUGUGAUGACUUGGGGAACCGGUCAGACCCGAGGAGUCUCGGUAACGGUAUUGCAUCCGUUGGGGGUUCGUUCAACUACUAGACAAGUAGAAAGAAAAAACUCUUUUGCUUGGUGUUCAAGUUAUUAAGUAUUGAUCCUCUUAGUUUAAUUACUAGCUUUUUAUCUCUCUUUAUUACUUGAGAAGAGAGCUUUGUGUUGGACUUUGUGGAAACAGAAAAAAAAAAAACUAUAUCUGUCGUAAUACUGUAAUUAUAAAAUCUUUUGGUCUUUUUCUUUUACUU